AUGGCCUCCUUUGGGGUUGAAAUAGAACUCCUCAUCAAGCCACUGGCCGGAAUAUUGCCUUUGCUUGCCAAACAUGGCCAUAGGCCGAACAAUAUUCCAAGACUGAAUAUGAUUGCGGUGCACAAAACGCUAGUCGAAGUGCUUACGGAGCGGUCUUUUCCGGCUGAGCUCUAUAACGAGGACAGUGAUUACCAGGAAAAAUGGCAAGUAACCGGGGAUGCAUCGAUUAGGAGCAAUGAUGAUGAUUUCGGUAAGCAUUCAGUUGCCUUCUCCCUAUUUGAUCGCACUGAACCGCUAACGAUGAGUAUUCUUAGUCGGGGUGGAGAUAAUUACCUGCAUUUUCCCGCCAUCACGGCGUUGAUACCAUCCGGCAGGCGUGGCACAGAUUGGUGCCACGCGAACGCAGAAGUCGUUCCGGAGCUCAGGGCCAAAUAUAUGGCUGGGCGGCCAGUUCUCCUGGCCUGGAUCGAAGGAUUUUCCGACAAAUCCGAAUUGUGGGAGAACAUUUCUCCCAAAAAGACUGUGGCUUGGAACUUCCGAAACGCGCGAGAAGGUGGAUGUGGUACAGUGGAAUUCCGGCAGCCACCCGGUGUCGUGAGCAACGCGGCUACCAAAAGAUGGGUGGCCAUUGCGCUAGCCCUAUUCGCCGCGGGGAUAGAGCCGUGGCUGGCGUACCCCGUUGCUGCUCCGACAGUGGAGGACUUGAAGAUUGUUCUGGAGCAUAGCGCCUCCCGGAUAGGGGUAUCACACCUGCUAUCAUUCGACGGGGCGAGCGAACAGACGAUCCCGAUUAAUACGUUGAGUGCAGAGGAGAGAGAGUACAUCACUCUCCUGAAGGCUCAGAAGCCAAGUAUUUUCGCCGAAAAUCUGGAGCGGCGUGGAGGACGCGGGUCCUCCCCAUGA